GCAUCCUUUACGUACGCGUCAACGUAAAGCGGAGACUAUUUCUCUCACCUCGAGUGCUGGAACGCAUUUCCGGUUUAACCCGGAAGUUGCUCCUUUUCCUUUUUCGCUGAGUUUGUGCCGCGUUCUUUCUGCGCAUCAAGCCCAGCGUUCUCCAGCCAAUGGCAGACAGUGAUGAUGAGUAUGAUCGCAGGAGGAGGGACAAGUUCAGGCGGGAGAGAAGUGACUAUGACAGAUCCAGGGAACGGGAGGAAAGGAGGAGAGAUGACUGGAGUGACCGAGAAUGGGAUCGUGGAAGAGAGAGGAGGAGCCGUGGAGAGUACAGAGACUAUGAGAGCAGGAGCCGCAGAGAGAGGUUUUCUCCCCAAAGGCACGAUCUCAGCCCACCCCAGAAACGCAUGAGACGAGACUGGGACGACCAUGGCUCAGAUCCGUACCACAGUGGCUAUGACUUGCCCUACUCCAGUUCAGCAGGUGGCCCAGGGUAUGGUCCUCCUCAGCCAUGGGGGCAUCCAGAAAUGCACGUUCUGCAGCAUCACGGGAUUCCUAUCCAGGCCAGACUUGGCAAUCUGCACCAGGUUGAUCUGGGGACGCCGGCGCCCAUCAUGAAGACAUUCAAAGAGUUCUUGCUCUCCCUGGAAGACACUGUGGAUGAGACGGAGGCAGUAAAGAGAUACAACGAUUACAAGAUUGAUUUCCGGCGGCAGCAGAUGCAGGAAUUCUUCCUCGCGCACAAAGAUGAGGAGUGGUUCCGGUCCAAGUAUCACCCAGAUGAAGUGGGAAAACAUAAACAGGAGUCUCAGGCUUCUCUGCGCAACCGGCUUAGUGCAUUCAUGUUCCUUAUGGAGAAGAGCUGGUUAAAUGAGGUGCAACUGGACAUUGCUCAGUCUCCAGCCAUCAUUAAGGUGUUGGACGCAGCCGUCAUUAAGAUGGAAGGGGGCACGGAAAUUGACCUCAAGAUUCUAGAUGAGGAGGAGGAAGAAGCAAAGAGAGAGGCUGCAAAGAAAGAGGAGGCACCAGUGACUGAGACUGAGAAGGUGGUAACGGAGGAGAAGGAGGCACCAGCCAAGCCUGAAAAUGACAAAGAAGAUGAAUCUGAAGAGAAACCCGUGAAACCACAAGAGGAGGAAGAGAAGAAAGUCGAAAAGGAAGAGCCAGAGAGGGAAACAAGAAAGCCCGGCACGAGGAAGCGAAAGAGAAGCGGUGAAAGUGAUGAUGGAAGUGACUCUGAAUCUGACACUGAGACGGCGAGCCCUAAGCCUAAGGCUGAAACUCCAAACCAGAAUGGUCAGGCUGAUGAGACUCCCAAAAAGGAAGAAGAGACCGAAAAGCAGAAAGAAAAACAGAAAGAAGACACCGUGAAACCCCGGCCGCUGCAUAAAACCUGCUCCAUCUUCAUGAGGAACAUCCCUCCCAACAUUUCCAAAGCCGAGAUCACUGCACUGUGCAAGAGGUAUCCCGGCUUCAUGAGGGUUGCACUGUCGGAGCCUCAGCCAGAAAGAAGGUUUCUCCGAAAAGCUUAUGUGACAUUCGAUCGAAGUGUUAACAUCAAGGAGAUCUGCUGGAGCGUUCAGAAUAUCCGGCUCCGUGAAUGUGAACUGAGUCCUGGAGUGAACAGAGAUCUGACCUAUCGUGUCCGAAAUAUAAACGGAAUAACCCUGCACCGUCCCAUCGUGCGCAAUGAUAUCAAACUGGCGGCCAGGCUGAUUCACGCUCUGGAUGAGAGGGCUGUGCUGUGGGAGGGAGAGCAGGGAGAGCAGAUGGUUUUGGCCCAGAAUCCCAUUCUGAAGAACAUCACUGACUAUCUCAUCGAUGAGGUGAACGCAGAGGAAGAGGAGCUUUUGUUUAGUGCGGGAAGGACCCCGGAAACAGAACUGCCCAAAGAUGGGAACCCCACAGAGAUCAGCGUGGAGCGAGACGAUAAGCUUAUCAAGGUGCUCGAUAAACUCCUGUUUUACCUUCGCAUUGUCCAUUCUGUUGACUAUUAUAACACCUGCGAGUAUCCAAAUGAGGAUGAAAUGCCAACGAGGUGUGGAAUGAUGCAUGUGCGGGGACCCCUACCUCCCAACCGGGUGUCUCAUGGGGAAGUGGCUGAGUGGCAGAAGACCUUUGAGGAGAAGUUGGCGCCACUGUUUGCAGUUCGGGAGACUCUCUCUGAAGACGAAUCAAUAAAGAUGGGGAAGAAAGACCCAGAACAGGAGGUGGAGAAAUUUGUAGCCGCAAACACCCAAGAACUGGGCAAAGAGAAAUGGUUGUGCCCCCUCAGCGGCAAGAAAUUCAAGGGUCCGGAGUUUGUGCGCAAGCAUAUCUUCAACAAACACGCUGAGAAGAUUGAGGAGGUGAAGAAGGAGGUGGUGUUCUUCAACAACUACCUGAUUGACAGCAAGCGGCCUGCACUCCUAGAGGUGAAACCUUUACAGCCACCGGUUGGCGCUGCUGGGCAAGCAUUGGCUGCUGGGCUACUUUAUCCUCACCAGGGACCACCAGCCCUCUUACCUUACGCCCAGCCCCGGCCUCCUGUACUGGGUUAUGGAGGUGCACCUCAGUUCCCUCCUAACCCCUACGGUGCUGGACGUGGAAAUUACGAUGCUUUUAGGGGCCAAGGGAUGUACCCUGGAAAGCCACGAAACCGGAUGAUGAGGGGGGACCCACGCUCCAUCAUUGAAUACCGAGACCUCGAUGCGCCCGACGACGUGGAUUUCUUUUAAACUGUCACUUUUAAUUGUAGCCUUCCUUCCUUGUUGCACUUCUCCACUGACCAGUGCCGUUUCCAACUCCCCUCCUGGUUUUCAGGUUAAUUCUGUCGUUUACAGGAUCUCUCACCUGAGGAUAAACUUGGCGAUGUUGAUUUUUUUUGUUUAAUAAACAGAUGAACUCACUGCUGUGAGGAGCUUUUUA